AUGCCUCAGGGGCCCGGCUCUCUGCUCCUGCUCUUCCUCGCCUCCCACUGCUGCCUGGGCUCCACUCGAGGGCUCUUCCUUUUCGGGCAGCCCGAUUUCUCCUACAAGAGGAGCAAUUGCAAGCCCAUCCCGGCUAACCUGCAGCUGUGCCACGGCAUCGAGUACCAGAACAUGCGGCUGCCCAACCUCCUGGGCCACGAGACCAUGAAGGAGGUGCUGGAACAGGCAGGCGCCUGGAUCCCGUUAGUCAUGAAGCAGUGCCAUCCGGACACCAAGAAGUUCCUUUGCUCUCUCUUCGCCCCAGUCUGCCUAGACGACCUGGACGAGACCAUUCAGCCCUGCCAUUCGCUGUGCGUGCAGGUGAAAGACCGCUGUGCCCCGGUUAUGUCCGCCUUCGGCUUUCCCUGGCCGGACAUGCUGGAAUGUGAUCGCUUCCCUCUGGACAACGACCUCUGCAUCCCUCUGGCCAGCAGUGACCACCUCUUGCCGGCCACCGAGGAAGCUCCUCCCGUAGAGUCCACCUGGGUAGAGGGCUCCGGCUACUCUGCUGAACCUCGGACAACGCCUCCCACUGACACCGAAUAA